ACUCUAUCGUCGUUGCAUAGUAUGCGUGUGUUUUUGGUGAAGUGUAUCAGUAGGGUUAAUUUAGCGUUAUAAGACUAAAUAAAACAGAGGUAGCCUAGCCUCAGCUUCAGCUAACUAUGGGCGAGUCGAUGAAGCGUCGGCUUUGCUAGCGCUAAGCAGUUAUUAGACGAAAUAAUUUUUUAUUAGUUUUUUAAGUAUUCACACCGUUAUGGUGCAAUUAAAUGUUGUAGUAGAGUAUAUUCUGACUGAAUAUAGCCACCGUGCACAUAUCCUGCAUGCCUACAUUGUUUGUAUAUAUGUCUGUAUACUACUGUUCCUAUAUCAGUCACUAUUCCUUCCCUGUCUAUUGUUUGUAUAUAUGUCUGUAUACCACUGUUUCUAUAUCAGUCACUAUUCCUUCCCUGUCUAUUGUUUGUUUAUAUGUCUGUAUACCACUGUUCCUAUAUCAGUCACGAUUCCUUCCCUGUCUAUUGUUUGUAUACAUGUCUGUAUACCACUGUUCCUGUAUCAGUCACUAUUCCUUCCCUGUCUAUUGUUUGUAUAUAUGUCUGCAUACCACUGUUUCUAUAUCAGUCACUAUUCCUUCCCUGUCUAUUGUUUGUAUAUAUGUCUGUAUACCACUGUUUCUAUAUCAGUCACUAUUCCUUCCCUGUCUAUUGUUUGUAUAUAUGUCUGUAUACCACUGUUCCUAUAUCAGUCACUAUUCCUUCCCUGUCUAUUGUUUGUAUAUAUGUCUGUAUACCACUGUUUCUAUAUCAGUCACUAUUCCUUCCCUGUCUAUUGUUUGUAUAUAUGUCUGUAUACCACUGUUUCUAUAUCAGUCACUAUUCCUUCCCUGUCUAUUGUUUGUAUAUAUGUCUGUAUACCACUGUUCCUAUAUCAGUCACGAUUCCUUCCCUGUCUAUUGUUUGUAUACAUGUCUGUAUACUACUGUUCCUAUAUCAGUCUUAUUAAAUGUUCCAGAUUUAAACGUUUGCGAAUUUGUUGUGUGCAUUUCAGGAGUGUUAACUACAUCUUCGUUAAGUCUUCGUGAACCGGAUUCCUUCUGGAGCUGAGGAUCAUGGAGUUUGCCAGUCAGUCAGUCAGUGAUCUGUUUCUUGCUAAAGAAAAUAUGUCUCUAGCUUUAACGCAGAUGGCUCCUGCAGAAACAGCAUUAGAUCACACAGUACAGGACAUCACAGCACAGAUCAUUGGCCUGGGAGAGGGGAAACUGGACCUUUAUGUCCCAUCAGAAGCAAUAAUUGAACCGAUAUCCCCAGCGGAGGACGUGCCAGAAGACAGUGCACUUGCAGCUUCAACGUAUGAAGCUGCUGAAGAUGAAAUGACAAGUUAUCCGGUUCAGUCAAAUCAUUCUUCAGAUCCAGGUGUGCCAAAUGAGAUGAUCGCAGUCAGCAGUUCGGUAUCAGACUCAAAUCCCAGUGACGCGUGUGAAGUGUCCCUUGGAGACUUGGCAUCUAACCCUACAGCUCCUGGAGAGACAGGAAUCUCUAAAGAGGAUACAAGUGUCAGAAAGUUCAUCCCACCAAAGAAGGACAGAAUGGACCCACUAAAAAUGGACAUGUCCAAGCCUACAGUGAUCCCCCUCACCUCAUCUCAGCUCUCACUGCAAUGUCUGGAGUGCCACAUUAUCUUCAGUGACGACAAGAGCAAGCAACGUCAUCUCAAAAUGAACCACCCUACUGAGUAUGAGCAGUGCAUGCUUGGAGAUGCGCUGUUUGCGUGCUAUGUGUGUGAUCGUCAUUUUACCUGCUCUACAGAGCUCAUGGCACACCAGCGCGCUCACACAGAGAAGCAGCCCUUCAAGUGCCCCAUUUGUGGAGAUGCCUUCAGCCGAUCGUCUGAGCUUACAAGCCAUAAGAAGGUACACUAUAGCAAGCAAGGUUAUACCUGCUCAGACUGCAGCAAGCUCUUCAAAACCCUUACACUGCUUAAGUACCACCAGCGUGUACACACUGGGGAAAGGCCAUAUGUUUGCAUACAUAAAGAGUGUGGCAAGAGAUUUACCAUGCCCAAAGCUCUCCAGAAGCACCUGGAUGCACAUGAAAAGGAGGCAACAGAAGGUUUAGAAAACUUGACAAACGCCACAAGCAAAACAAAGAAAAAGAGGAGCAAGUGUACAUCCUCUAGGAAAUAUGCAUGCUCACAAUGUAAUGAAUCUUUCAAGACAGCCAAAUCACAGCUGCACCACAUUAAGGCAAAGCACUCACAGUGCUCAACCAUUACACCAUCCAACAGUGCUGUGGCAGCAGGAAGCCCAUGUGUUACAACUCUGACUGAAGUAGUUCAACUGCCUCUACCACACGUGGAAGCGUUUGGACAGGCAGCCCAGCAAAUAGGCCCACUUGGAGUUGAACAGAUUAAAAGACUAAUAGAGAAAAUGGGAAAUGUCCAAAAAGUAAAUCAGCUGGUCAUUCUUGGAAUUGAUCAGUUACCUUUGCAGGCACAAAGCGCUGGUAUGCAACAGCCACAGAGCCUUAUACAACCGUUGCACUUUGAUUUCACACAGCCAACAGUUCAACAAACUGAACUUCAGCAGGCAGGGGACAAGAAAGGACACGAAGGAACAGCACCAACUGGAACUGAGCAAGACACAUUAUUAGAAUCUUUAGAGGUUGAGGUUGCUGUUGAACAAAAGAAAUCUGCGGCCCACGUUGAGACAACUAUUUCUGCAGCAUGUCCAGAGAAACAGGCGACAGUUAUUGAAUCAGACAUGACAGGAGAACAGGUAAAUGAGGUUCAGUAUGAAUUUCUUCCUGAAAUUACUGAAAAGGACAUUUCACCUCCUCAGUUGGAGGCCAGUCAUCAGCAUAUGCUUAUAACAGAGGAGCAGCACAUUCAAGAUGCAGUAGAUGUCAAAACUUCAGAAACAGUGAACGAUUCAUCUUUGACUUAUUUAACUGAUUUUGAGAGUAGAGUAACAAGCGAGAAGGAACUUGUGAUCAAGCCAACAGACAUCACAGUGCAGGAGAAGACAAACACAGAUACAGAGCCAAGUCAAAAGGACUUUGAAGCUGCAGGUUCAUCAAUAGAACCCGAGACCCAAACUGAGCAGGGGAACGUAGUUAACCCUGAUAUGACCAACACACAUGCAGAUCCUCUAAAUCAAAAGGCUUCCGAGGCACUAGGUUCAUUAGUAGAAUCUGAGCCACAAACUGUGCAGGGGAAUCCAGAUAAACCUGAUGAGACCAUUGCCAAUGCAGAGUCCCGAUGUCAAAAGGCAACGGAGGCAACAGAUUCAUUAGAAGAAGCUCAGCCAAAAGCUGAGCAGAAUAAUCCUAACCUUCAGAGGAGUCAAGAGAUUGAAGCUCAGUUAGACCAAGAGCAUUUAAAGGAAAUUCUCUCAUCAGAGGAUUCAAUAUUACAGAUGAAUAAACCCUCUCUUGGCAAUGUACAACGCAAUCAAGAAAGGUCUCCCUUGGAGCAGGCACCCUGUAGUGAGUCCAGUGUACAGCAAAGCAGAGUGGAACCAGAAGACCAGACUCUUUUGGAAGAAGAAAAACAUUACAUUAAGAAGGUACUGCCAAUAAAGAAGAAAAGUUCUAAAAAGCGGGUGAUCCGUAAGUCUCAGUACUUGGAAGUUCAGGAUGAAGUUGCAAAAAGUACAUUACCCAUAACACCUAAUCAGAAAAUUAGCACUGUAUCAAAGACACCAAAAAAACAAGAGAAGGCAACAAAACAUUUUGGACCUAAACAAAAUAAGAAAAAAUAUUCAAAGCCAAAACUGUUACAUAUAUCCAAAAACAGUCUAUAUAAAGAUCAGCAAGACAUUGAUCCAGGAAAUGUGCCUGUUUUGUCGCACAGUGAGAUUGAAAAGUUGAAACAGAAACAUAAAAAAGGGAAGAAAGCUGAAAAGUCUUCUGGGCUCAUCCAGGCCCUUAAUCUCCCCUGUGAAAAAAAAGUAAUGAAGGUGUCGGAACAAGCACAUCGAGGGAAACCUCAGAAAAGAAAGUUUGAAAACCAGAGAGAUUUGGUAAAGAAAGGGAAGUCUACCCAGGAGACCCAGCAAGAUGAAACCCCUGUGCCAAAGAAGAAAAAGUCAGGCAAAAUUUCUGAGGCAGCUUCCCAAAAGAAAGCAAAGAGCAACAUCACAGUGAAUAAAGUAAAUAAGAAAAGCCACAAGAUCACAAAACAAAGGGAGAAAGAUAAAAAUGUAUCAGAGACCCCAAUCAUGGAUCAAAUAAAGCAACAGGCCUUGCUUUUGCUGAAAGGUCAUAAGCAACCACAGCUGAAGGUUCAUAAGUUGGAUGCUAAGACCACAGGAUUAGACCACCAACUAAUAAGUAAAUGUCAAACCAAAGAAAUUUAUGGUCAUGAGACUACAGAGCCAGAAAAGGAAGGGAUACAAAAUAAAUCACUGCAAACACCCAGGCAAAAGAAAAAAAAAGCAAAAACAGUCGGAAAGAAAUCCAAAGUAGAUACAAAGCAAUCUUCUCAUUUGCAAACAUCUCCUAUUAACAGUGACUUCCCUUCUGGUGCAAAACAAAAAGUUGUGAGGAAGCGUAAAGCCCCUGCAAAAAUAGAUCAGGAAAUUGCAUUAAGCCCUCCAUAUUCUCGGCUCAUAAUUGGCUGCCAUGACUGUGGGAAGAGCUUUUCGGAGGUGUCUGCCUUGCAAGAGCACAUGGCAUCCAUGCACUCUGAAAAUGGAGCCCUCCAGUCUAUUGUACCCUGUGAUGUUUCUGAAAUGCCCACAGUUAGCCUGCGGCCAAAUGAAAUAAUGCUCACAAAUUCAGUCCACUCGAGCAGCUUCGAAAUACACGUACCAACAGAUUGGGAUGUGGAGUCAGAGAUGAGAGAGAUUGGUUUAGGGGAUGAACAAAGGAAUGAGCACAGGCUUUCAUUCCCUGCCCUCAGUCCUUCCCCGUCUUUUCCAAUAACAAUAACCUUUGUUGAAGGAGAAGGUAAACUGGAUGACACUCCUAAUCAAGAGCCUCCACUUGGAUAUAAAAAGUCAAUUGGUAAAAAUUCUGCCUGUCACGUUGAAACAAAUGAAACUAAGGUAGUAGAACAGGAGAACAUAGAUGUACAUUCACUUCCACCAGACUCCUUGUCUGGGCCACAGGAAAGCAUGGCUCUUAAAGAGGCAUUGCCAUCUAAUGUGAGUUUAGUCAUGGUUGAGGACCAAAAUUAUGGAGAUUCCCAUGUAUCAACUAAGUUAUCCAGCCUCUCCCAAAGUAACUCUCACAAGGUCUCGGAUCCACAGGCAGGGGAAGCAAGUCACAACACAGUCAGUCACAGUCCAUCAUUUGUUCAGACCCAGCUGCCUACCACUUAUAAUGCUGGAUCUCGCUUAACAGAGCAAUCGGAGAUUAAGCAAGAGGCAGACGAGAUAUCCAUUCAGACGGUAACGAGCCGACCAAACACUUCUAUGACGAGAGGUAAAAGAGGACGAGGAAGCAAGGGUCGGGGAAAGAGACAACUUGGAAAAAGACGUUCUGCUGAAAACAGGCGUACAGAAGAGAUGGUGGCCAAUGAAGAAGACUGUCAGGUUGUCUUCGAGCUGUAUUCACUAACAGGUAACAGUGAGGAAAAGAAUGAAGACGUACUCAAAGACAGAAAAGCCAUUAAUGCCACUGCAACUUCCAUGCACUCGGUCUUGAAGGAAUCUUCCGAGGUUCAGGAAGUAUACGUGUUACCACAACCUGUUACCGCGAGUGCUUCGGAGAUGAUGACAUCAGAAAAUGGUUCCCUAACUCAGAAGUCUGGAGAAGAUGAAAAGAACAGUAGUUUCUCAAGUAGCUUAAGGAAGGGGAGAAUCUCUGUACAUCGCCAGAGUGGAAUGAGAGGACAGGGCAAUCUACAGUCAGAUAGUGGAUUAACUUCUGCUGGUACCUCUACUGAUGUGAAAAUAGAAGCCAGUCCAUCGGUUCUCACAGCCCAAGAUGUCCAAGCUAAUGAUGGAGAUUUUUUGCAAGGAGUCCAGAUGAUUUUGGUAAAAGCGGAGGAUCAGCCAAUUUCAAACGAUCCCCACAUUGUACAGGAAGCUCAACAUAUGCAAAUUAAUCACAAUGCAUGUCUAGAAAAGCACCUGGACCAUUCCACAAUUGGAAUUUCCUCUGGUUCCCCUACAGUGGGUCAGUCUACUGCCAAGCAGUGUAUUUUCUACCCUGUAAAGGAGGAGGAGGGGGAGAUGGUGGAGCCUCAAGUUAAUAUCCAAGGGACCUCAAGUUCAGAAGUUUUGGAAGAGAGGACCGGACCAUGUAAGAUCAAUAAUGUUUGGCGUCAAUGGGAGUUUGGAAAUGAGGUUCUGGAUAACAUAUCACUAAUUUGUCCUUUCUACCAAUCUGUAGGGGGUGCACCUGGAUUAGAGGAGUGUGAGGUCAGGAUAGGAUGCCCACAAAUGGAAAUGCACCCUAAUUUAUACUCCAGCACUGAAGAGGGCAAUGUUGGUACGGAGCAACAGAGCACUGAAGACAUUUUAGAAUUCCUUUCCCAAACAUCAGAUAUGGAGGAUUUGGUUAGUGACCCUUCUGAUCCGGAAGCUGAAACUCAUAUUAUGUCUUGUUACAAUGGUAUCUAUGCCAAUGGAGCAGUGCAACAGUGUGAAAUGUCCAGCACUGAGCAGCAUGCAAAACCCUCUAAAAAUACAGGCUGUCCUGAAGCAGAUGACAAACAGGAAGGCAGUAAAGAGCAUUGUGAACCCAUUGACUACUUCAUUCAGUAUUUUAGUUGGAAUAUAUGGAAAGAUAUUGCAACUUGCACAGGGCAAGUGUCAAAAUUGCCAAAGCCUGUUACUGAAAAGGAGGUGGCCCAGUUUGUAGGAAUCCACAUUGCAAUGGGAACCCUAAAGUUUCCAAGUAUGAAGUUGUACUGGGAUGAUUUCACCCGAGUGCCAUUGAUUGCUGAUACCAUGUCUGCAGCCAUGUUUUCUGAACUUGCAUCUAAUCUAAGAUUGGCCAGUCUUAAAGGGGACGGGCCAAACUGGAACGGACAGGAUGCACAUAAGGAUCAGGAUGCAAAUAAUUGCACAGAAAUUUUGGUAUCAAAGAAAGAUCCCCUAUGGAAAGUUCAGGCAAUAGUGAACAGAGUUCGAGAAGGGUGUCAAACACUUAAACGAAAUGGAAACUGUGGAGUUGACCAGUAUCUCCUUCCUUUUCAGAGACACCCAACACACUCAUUACAUCACACAGUAAUGAUAAAUGCUUCCGGAUUGGUCAUGGACUUUAGCUUGCGUGUCAGUGACUGUAACAGAGAGGAAAUUGUUGAGAAAAUGGUUUCUCAAGAAAAAAGUGAUGAUCAAGGAAUGGUAUUUCUUUGCAAGCCAGAGCUAUCAACACCUUCCAUGUUAGAGCAUCUCCUAGAGGCAGGAGUGCGCAGUGCUGGCAAGGUUGGUGGUGCUAGGGGGCAAAUAGGUGAUGAGUUUGUCACUUCUGAUGGGAAACUAAAACUGUUCAGAUGCCAUCAUGGCUUUAUUUUGUCAGCAGUAACAAAAGACAAGUCCCGCUCGACAUCGCUUGUAAGUGGUUUUGAGAAGGCAAUCAAAGCUGCAAACCUGAACCGAGAUUUGAGAAGCCUUUAUCGUACACCAUGCACAAGCCCAUCACCCAGUGCCUGGCCACAAUCUGUACUUUGGGACCUUAUUGAUCUGGCAUUAGUUAAUUCUUGGCUACAGUACAAGCAAGAUCAAAACCAUCUUUCAGAGCUACUAUCACUUAUGGCAUUCCGAUUAGAAGUUUCCAAAGCUUUAAUUCAAUCCAACAAUAUUGCUGUGCAAGACUCCUCACCACCCCAAUAUCUUCCACCACCAAUACAGCCUGGAUCAAAUGCAUCCACAGGACGUUCGGAUGUCUUUGAGACCCCUUUACCUGAUGCAGCCACACGAUAUGAUGGUUUGGGCCACUGGCCAGAACAACUUUCCGAGGGUGAAGAGGCUAGGUGUAGAUUUGGAGGUUGCGAGCAAAUGUCUAGAGUACGUUGUCUCAAAUGCUGUGUUUUCCUCUGUAUUUCUCGCAAUCACAACUGCUUCCUGAAGUUUCACAGUCAAGGAACUACAUGAAUCUACUAAAAUGCUCUGACAAUAGGCCAAAUUAAACCAAUGAGUUUUAUAUAGUUAUUUAUCACCAUGAUUUGUUAUUUAGUGUUGACUGAUGUGGGUCAGUUUGUCUGGUGUAAGUGAUGGUUUGCUCUGUCCUGAUUUUGUUAAAAAAAAAAACAAAAAAAAAAACAAGCAAACAAAAACCCUGUCAUUUGCUCAUCUUGAUUGCAAUGGUAUUGUAAUACUCAGUUCUAGGACCCGGUUGAACCCGGUUUCUACUUCUGGGACUGGGACUAAGUGUUGACUGUUUGAAACCUAAAGCACUUUGUUCACAAGCUGUUUUAUUGGAAUAGUUCAGGGUAACAGGUUAUACCUGCUAGUUUGCCAUGCUUAAUUUGGCCAAUUGUGCAUCUUUACAUCUGUUUAAGCUAAACCCUGACAUACUAGGUCAGAAUAUAUAGCCACAGUUUUAAAAACCCUGAACUCACCCCAAGAAACAGUUUUGCACAGUUUAUAUGUAUAAACUAAGUAUAUAACAUCAAAUUACAUCGUUUACAUCGUUUUCUUCCCCCUGCUUUAACUGGUGUAGCCUAUGGCUUAGGUGUACAUAUGUAUUUAUCAUAGGCUAGCGGAUUUGUAAGUUAUUAUUGCCCCCCUGUAUCUAAUCUUCCACUAUUUUAAACUAUUUUAUAUUUUUUUCUCCUGUAUUAUAUAUUACACUAUUUUUAGCUAAAGAAUAAUUGUGUACAGUGGAUAUAAAAAAAAAUUGUAAACACCUGUAUUAAAACAGCUGUUUUUUGUAAUGUAAACAAAGCUAAAUCAUAAAAGAACAUGUUCACCUUUUAGUGUACAAAUUACAACCUGUACAGUGCCACUGAACAUUAAAGUGACAUAUUUCAGAGAAAAAAGAUUUAAAAAAAAAAAAACAAAAAAAAAAAAACAGAAUGAUCUAAUUGCAUGAGUGUGCACACACUUUUAUAAUUGGGUACACGGCUUUGUUCAGAAUGAACAUCAAGCUCCUGUGAAAUGGUAGUUAGUACACACCUCUCUUAAACUGAAGUAACUCGUAUUACUCCAAAUAAAUCUCAGCUGGUCUUGUAGGAUUUAAACUCCCAGUACACUUCUUCUAGUGGGCAUUUUAAAAAUGUUUGUUUUUUUUUUAGGGAAGUGGAUCAAAUGUCCUUUCUAUUGGAAUUUUUACAACACCUUCAGGCGUAUAACAAACAUGUUUUCUUGACAAUAAAAAGUUUACCCGAGAGUUGUUUUAUUGAGAUACUUUAAGUUAAGUUUUGAAAAUAUAUUUGUAAAAAUUUUACUUUGGUGACCUUUAGUCACAGCAUUUUUAAUGUUACCUUAUUUAUGUUGGCUUAAUGAAGGCAAACCCUUUGCUGUUAGAAUUUUCGUGUACACAGUAAAUUACUUGAGACAACUGUUCUUUUUUGUUUUUGUUUUUUUGUUUUUUUACACCAUAUUGCACUGUGUAUGCCUUUUAGAUCCAAGUCAGAAUUCAUACACAGGUCCACAAUUUGUACAAAAAUGUAUAUAUGUAAUUGUAUAGUAUGAACUGUGAACAGAUUCAAGUUGUGAUUUUUUCAGUAUAUGGUAGAUGUCCAUGAACAAUGUACAGUUUCAGUUGGGCUUUUAAUUUAGAAUUGAACUGUCAGUGUUCUGUCUGAUUUUAAUUUUGUAAUUAGGUAAUUGCUAAGUAAAAAAUGUGUUUGAAUGUGCUUUUUUUUUUUUAUUGUCUAUGCAGUUAUAAUAUAAUAUGUUGACUGCUAUGUUAUUUCCUGCAAAUAUGAUGGCGUGUGUAGUAUAUAAACAAUCAGUUCUGAA